AUGCUAACAAAUACCAGGGCGGCGGCGGCAAAAUACCGUAGGUCAAUGGCACAGCGCAUGGCAGUAGAGAGUUCCAAAACACCUACUAACCUCGAAUUACAGAUACCCCAAGCACAUCUGGUCCCCAGCUGGUGGCUGGUACUCUCAACCCUCAAACUGGAAGGUCAAUACAGCAAUUAUGGGAGCGUGUGUCUUCGGAGUCACGGCUAUGAUGUGGAACUUGAGCGCACAGAGAGAACACCGAUAUAAAUUUCCUGAGCAAGGUCGAUUUUUCCCAAGCCGAUAGUAGGUGGCCUAAUUUUCAUAUGAUAGAAAAGACUCUGACCCGUGACAUAGCUGGAGUAAGCAAAUUAUCGAACACGAGAAGGCGCAGAAGAACGAUUCAUCAUCAUCAUCAUGA